AUUUAAUGGAAAUUUCCAGUAAUUUAUUGUGCGUUUAAGCGCAUGAAAUAUGGCAACGCCUGAAAUAAUUUUGUUACCCAUGAACUUUGUACUAAUAUAUUUCAUGUUCAUUUGAAAUAAAUAUAUUUAACAAAUAUAAAAUCUGUACACGUUUUUUACAUCCCAAAAAUGUACAAAAACUUUUGUUCUACAUUCGUUAAUGACGGCCAAUUCCACAAAACGUAUGAGUCACGCGAAAACACAUGUGAAUAAGAACAAAGAAAAUUUUUCAGUAAUGGCGGACGAGCGGCUUUUUCAAUGGAAUUUUCUAGAUCACAGCAGAAUUUUAAAAAAUGCUUAGAAACCAGAUAAAUUGAAAACGCGUGAGAGAGCACAAAAAAUGUCAAAACAUUUAAUGGAACAGUUGACACAUUCUCAAAAGGUUAGACUUUUGUACAAAACUAUCUUACGUUUGCACCGAGGACUUCCAGAAGAACUCAGAGAUCUGGGGGACCAGUAUGCUAAAGAUGAAUUCAGACGUCAUUUAAAAUGUACACCUAUGGAAGCGCAGUUGUUUAUGACAGAAUGGGCUAAAUACGCAGCAACACUGAGUACACAAUUGGGAAUACGUGGUAAGCCAAAAGGUCGUUUGGGCGGUGACCUGGAUCCGAAAAUUGUGGAAAUACUCAAAGAUGACCAAGCCGUUCAAUUGUAUGAACUUAUGCUUGCAGCAAAAGGAAUAGAUGAUGAUAGUACAAUAAUAACGAAGGAUGCAAAUAAAAAACAAUAAAGAAAUUCUUAGUGUGAUUAUAUAUAUAAAGAAAUAUAUUGUAUUACUAGCUUAUUA